AUGACCAAGGAGAACCCCACGACGACGAACGGCGCGGAGUCGUACGAUCUCGCGGACACACUGGCGCGCGCCACCGCCGAGGCCGACGCGAGCUCGUCCUCGAACGAUGAUCCUCAAGCGCGCGUCGACGCCGCGUUGGCGUGCCCGUGCGUCGCCGACCUUCGAUCGUCGACGUGUGGGAAGUCGUUCGAUGCGGCGUUGACGUGUUUCAUGCUCGCGGAGGAGCGGGAGCGGGGGAAGAAGUGCGUGGAGGAGUUUGUGUCGCUGCACCAGUGCAUGGUUGAAAACGCGAGCGAGUUCGAGGCGUUCGCGAACGAGUUGUUAGAGCAUGAGAACGUGCGAGGACCCGCGCGGGCGAAAGAUUGA